CACAGGUCUCAGACUGACUGAAGCCUACUGGACUUAACAUCGCUGCACACUAACUCCAAAUAAGACCAAACAACUACAGACUCAAAGAAUGAAACGCAGAUGGUCUCUCCUGCUGCCCACCAUCACUGAGACCCUGGAGGACCCCGCGUCGCCCCCCCUGCCCACCCCGGCCUCCCCCACCCCGGACGACUACAUGGCCAGCAUCCAGGCUCUCGCCCGGCCCCUGGAGGCCCUCAACCCGGGGCCCUCCCGGCUCCAGAGGGCCGCCCGGCCGCGGCUCUUCUCCAAGGCCCAGACGAAGCACUCGGGAGCGGCUCUACUUCCACGUGGAUCCCCUCGCAGCUUAAGGGCCGGCGGGGAGAGGCUGACCCUCAGGACGGUGGAGGAGCGGGACUGCAGAGGCAGGGACCCCGUGGACUGGCUGUACGGACAGGCCCAGAUGAGGACUUAAUUGGGACCCACUUUCUGUUUUGAUUUAUUUUUUUUUGAGGCCAGAGACUACGAGGGAACUCGCCAACAGUGGCUCUCAUAGAGCUGAAUUGAAGAAGUAUUUAUUUCUAUGCACUCAAAAGCACUUUGUCUUUGGGUACAUGUUCGCGAAAGCCUUAUUUAUUUUUUAUAUAUUUGUAAUAAAAAAUGAUAUGGAAAAUGUAUGUUUUGACUCCUAUUUUUUUCUACGUAAAUAACAUAAGAUGUAAUUCAUCUGUCCUAGACAGAAGUGUAUUAUUUGAUAAUUGCUCUUAACGAAACUGAAUUGAGAACCAACUAUUAUCUUUUAGGAAAAGCUUUUAAUGUGUUUCUGCCUACAUUCGCACUUCUCACACGGUUCUGUUUUGUAGUAAAAGCACGUUACCGCCAUUUAGUAGUUGCCUUUUACAGGCGUUCAACAAUUUCUAAGACAUAAUCUGAACAUUUUCAAAUUACCACUAGGACGCGUUUUAUUUGCGCAACAAUAUAUCCAAUUAUUUCUAAUACCAAUAUUUCUGGAAAAAACCCAACGUAUUUGACUCUGCCCAAGCUUGAUUUAAUCAAUCUACUAAACAAGUCUAGAAGGUAUGAUUUAUCUCCGAUAACAACCUCACGUGACCAAAUCGUUCAUAAGUCACUCCAAUACAGCAAUACUUGUCCCGACAUGUACUACAGAAAAAUGACAUAUGACUGAGUCACUUCCAAUUUCCAGUUCCCACCAGGUCAGAACACCACAUACCAUGUCUAUCGUACCUCAACACCUGAUAAUAAUUGAUGAUAAUCUGCAGUUAACUCCCAUGACCUCCCACAUUGAAGUGGAUGGAAGCUAACUUUAAACACAUAGGUCUUAAUAACCAAACCGGCCAAAAAUAUACACCAAAAACAAGAUUUUGUCAAUGUGACCACUUAUGACAAACAUUAAAUAAAUGAUUUCAUUCACACAGUAACUUCAUCGGACACAAAUUUUGAGUGAUCAGAUGAAUGUCUGAGUGAAUGCUCACUCAGACAUUGAUCUCAUACACUCAU